UCGAGAACGUAGGCAAGCCAGAAAAGAUAUGGCCAAUCGUGAGUUGAAAGAAAAGGUUGAAGGAUUGGAAGGCCAAUUCAAGGCCAUGGGUGAGAGCAUGGAGGAUCGGUUUGGAUCGCUCGACGAAGGUCAGGUCAGCACCAACGCUGCCGUGGCUCGCCUCGAGCAGCGCCUGGAGGAGGUGUUGCGCGGGUUCCAGCGACAGCAGCAGCAGGAGCCACCGCGGGUGAAUGCACGCGAGCGUCUAAGGCAACAGGAGCAGCAGCGGGCUGAGCACAACCUCGACGAGGAGGAAGAGUACGAGCAGCGGUCGCAGGCGUCGAACGUUAGUGAGCGACCACGCGUCGAGAAGCCAAGGAUCGUGCUCUCAACGUUCACGGGAACCAACCCCGACGCUUGGCUGAACAGGGUAGUGCAAUUUUUCGAUUUAAAUGAGAUGUCGCAACGUGACUGGGUUCGUUAUGCCGCGUACUAUUUAGACGGUGAGGCCAACGUGUGGUGGCAGUGGCUCACGCGCGUGUAUCGCGGACGGCAACAACCAAUCCGUUGGGAAGAUUUUGAACGCGAGCUCCUUACGCGUUUUGGGAACUCGGAUUAUCAUAACCACGACGAGGCGCUGACUCGGAUCCGACAGACGGGGAGUGUACGUGACUACCAAAAGGACCCGGACUCGAGCAUCUCGCCCACCUGUCGCUCGAUCUCCGUCUUUUGGAAGUGUGCGUAUCGAUACGGAUGCACGUGCACUUCUCGACCUUCCUCGACCAAAGGUAUGCGGUGGUCGAACUCUCGGUGUGGCGGCAGCCCCUUGGGCUCGUCGAGGACCUGGUCGAAUUCCUCGAGCAAGUCACGCACCUCGCGCUGUCUCUCCUUGACCACCUGGUCGAACUCCUCGAGCACCUCUGCAUCCUUACCUGUCUGCUCGAUCACGACAGCGUACAACUGUCCGCCACCUCGCCACACCUUCUCGAUGUUUUUUAGACCAACCUCCUUGGUCGACCCCUCGCUCGCUUUCAAGCCUGUUGUGUUCUUUGGGGUGAGUUCGAACUCUGUGCCUCGGGUCAUCUCUUCUAUGCAAGCUAGGAAGAGCCUUUCACAGGGUAGCUGUCAAGGCUAUCUUGUUUCCAUGGUAUCCGACGAUGUUGAUGAGCGGGUGCCCGAGCGAGUAUCUAUUGUUUGCGAGUACCUCGACGUCUUUCCAGAUGACUUACCCGGAGGACCGCCCGACUGCCAGGUGGAGUUCACCAUUGACCUAAUUCCAGGAGCCGGCCCCGUUUCUAAGGCCCUUUACCGUAUGGCGCCGAAGGAGGUUCAAGAGCUCAAGGCCCAGAUCCAGGAGUUGCUCAAGCUUGGUUUCAUUCGUCCGAGUGUCUCGCCGUGGGGUGCGCCCGUCCUAUUCGUGAAGAAGAAAGACGGAUCUAUGCGCAUGUGCAUUGACUACCGGGAGUUGAAUGCCCUUACAGUCAAGAACAAGUAUCCCCUUCCCCGUAUUGAGGACCUUUUUGAUCUGCUGAGAGGAGCCAGCGUCUUCUCAAAGAUUGACUUGCGUUCUGGCUAUCAUCAACUGAAGAUCAGAGAGUCGGAUAUUUCUAAGACUGCUUUCCGUACCCGCUAUGGCCACUAUGAGUUCGUAGUCAUGCCUUUCGGACUCAGCAAUGCCCCGGCCAUUUUCAUGGACCUUAUGAAUAGGGUCUUUCAUCCCUUCCUGGACCAGUUC